UUGUUUUUAAAUUAAAAUUGUGUUGAAAUAAUAAACUAAAAUGAAUUUAGAGCUACUUGAAUCUUUUGGCCAAAACUAUCCUGAGGAAUUUGAUGGUACUCUGGACUCCAUAUCCCUGGCCGCCACAUGUGCAUUUAAUAGGCGAGGAACUCUUCUAGCGGUUGGGUGUAAUGAUGGCAGGAUUUUCAUAUGGGACUUCUUAACAAGAGGCAUUGCCAAAUCUAUAUCAGCCCAUGUUUACCCUGUUUGCAGUCUCAGUUGGUCAAGAAAUUGUCAAAAGUUAUUAUCAGCAGCAACAGACCACAAUGUGUGCAUAUGGGAUGUGUUGACCGGUGAAUGUGAACAACGGUACAGGUUUCCAACGGCCAUCCUGAGAGUACAGUUUGACCCUAGAAAUGACAAGCGAUUCCUUGUGUGUCCCAUGAGACAUGCGGCCCUGCUGGUUGAUACUGACGGUGAUCACAAAAUACUACCCAUUGAUGAAGAUGGAGAUAUAAAUGUCAUAGCAUCAUUUGACCGACGCGGGGACUAUGUCUAUACAGGAAAUGCAAAGGGAAAGAUAUUGAUUCUGCAGUCUCAAACCUUAGAAAUUAAAGCUAGUUUUAAAAUAACUGUAGGAACAUCAAGUACUACUGGUAUCAAGAGCAUAGAGUUUGCUAGAAGAGGAGAUUGCUUCCUUGUAAACACAUCAGACAGAGUAAUAAGAGUGUAUGACUCUAAAAGUACAAUCAAAUGUGGAAUAAAUGGAGAACCAGAGCCUAUACAGAAACUGCAAGAUCUUGUCAACAAGACAACAUGGAAGAAGUGUUGUUUCUCCGGCGACGGAGAGUACAUCUGCGCCGGGUCGGCGCGCCAGCACGCUCUGUACAUAUGGGAGAAGUCCAUAGGGAACUUGGUGAAGAUCCUACACGGGACUAAAGGAGAGCUGCUGUUGGACGUGGUGUGGCAUCCGAUACGGCCGAUUAUUGCUAGUAUUAGUGCUGGCGUGGUAUCAAUCUGGGCACAGAACCAAGUAGAAAACUGGUCGGCCUUCGCUCCGGACUUCAAGGAGCUGGAUGAAAACGUGGAGUAUGAAGAACGAGAGAGCGAGUUCGACGUUGAAGAUGAAGACAGGAGCGUGGACCAGAGCGGGGAGAGUAGGCAUGAUGAGGAAGUUGAGGUGGACGUGACCUCAUGCGAGGCGGUGGCGGCGUUCUGCAGCUCGGAUGAGGAAGGCGAAGAUGAUAACACGCUGCUCUUCCUGCCUAUUGCGCCCGAGAUCGAGGAUCCAGAGGACGGAUGGGCGGCCACCCAAGAGACGGUGACUCCGACUGAGACGCCGGAGAAACUGGAGCCCGCGGCGAAGCGACCCAAGAGCAAGACUUACGACAUCACACUCAAAAUACCUCCUCCAGAGCAAACAAUGUCGUUUGGAGGAAAAAAACCAGCGGCAGGCAGCAAGAAAGUGACGGGACGACCGCGCAAGUGAAACUGUAGUGUGAAUAGUAAUUAUGUUUAAGAUAUACAGUAAAUAGAAUAUGAAUUAACGUUAAGUUAUAAUAAACGAUUUUACAGUGAA